ACGACAAGUCUAUAGCUGUUAGUUUCGCAUGAAUCAGAUGCUCUAGGAUAUCUUUAACCGUUUAAAUAUGCAAUUGUGCUACGCCAUACCGUUUCUGGCUAUUCUUUCAUACGGACCAAUAUCUGUAUUUUCAACGUCGUUGGCUAAUCUUGCUUUAAAGAAGCCUGUGUAUGGCUCAACUAGACACGCUCAAGAUACCAAGGCGACAUUUGCCAACAAUGGUGAAAUAACCAGGCCAGAUCAACAAUACGUAUCUAGGAGUAGUGACAAAGAUCCUUUCUGGCGUGUUAAUCUGCUUGACACAUAUGUUGUGACAACGGUAGAAAUCGUCUGUCGUAUGGAUGGCUUCUUUGACACCAAUGAUCGUAUCGAAAUAAGAGUAGGCAACAGUUUUGAGAAUGGCGGUAAUUCCAAUCCACUCUGUGGUGAACCCAAAAAUUUGAACAAUAUUCCAAGACAUACAUACCGAUGUCAACUUUACGGUCGUUAUGUCUAUGUAAAGAAAUCCGAUACUCCAGUGGUAAAUGUUCUGGCAUUACAAGAAGUGAUAGUUAAUAAAGAGCUAGCUACAAACGUCGCUUUUAAUAAAACCACAAGCCACAGCUCAAGAUAUCAAGUAAAAACUAGUUCUGAGAAAGCAAUUGAUGGAACAACUUCAGGUUUUAAUUCAAAAAAUGGAGUCUUCCCACACUGGUGGAUGAUCGAUUUUGCAGCGAGUAUACCCAUUGUGAAAAUAUUUCUUCUACACAUUCACUCGAUAAACAGAUUGGACAAGAUUAUUAUCACCAUUGGCGACAACUCAGCAGACCAUGGUAUGAAUAAUCCACGAUUUGGUGGUGUAUAUGAUUUCAGCAAGACUUACACAAGCACAUUGUAUGCGAAGCCACGUAUGUCAGGACGUUACUCGACGAUUGAGUCCUUAAAAGAUGAACAAAUUUCCUUUGCGGAAAUUGAGUUUUAUUCUGAGACUGUUCCAUAUAUCGAAGAGCGCAGAAAUGGUCUUGUUUCUCCGGCUAUCUCUGUUUACGAGGGUCAGGAAACUGUUCUACCAUGUCAUUCGUACGCUUACCCGCCAGGCCAUAUAGCAUGGGUAAGAGACGGUGUUGUGUUACAAAAUCGAACCAGCGACCAGGAUACCAAUCUUGUCAUCAUUGCAAAUGGAACAAAGGGAGAGACGAAGAAAUACGAAUGCUGGGCAAGCAACGUUUAUGGAAGAGAUCUUUAUGAAAUUACGACGACUAAUAAAGGCCGUUACGAAAUGUGCUUCAAACCAGAAGAGGUUAUAGAUUCAUCAAGAAACAGAUUUUCAAAACAAGACGAGACAAAAGAAAUACAACAUGAUAAAGAUUCCUUUGGUUUUAGUAAAAUGUACAGUUUUUUCAACCCACUGAGCAGUUCGUACAUGAAGCUUACCACAUCGUGUCCCCCACCGUCCUCUUGUGGCACCCAGGCCCCAGGCUGGCUACCAGAUGGCCAUCCCAAACCUGAAGACGGCGUUACCAGACGAAAAGUGUGUUUCAAUUACAAUGGAGAUUGCUGCUACAAACAUCUGUUCAUCAGCGUUAUAAAUUGUCCUGGAAUGUUCGUUUACCGCCUGGUCAACGCAGUGUUUGAUUUUCCCGCAAGAUUCUGUUUCGACGAUGACAACAGUUGGGAAGCAUUUGCUCCAUUCAGAUCGGUUCCUCAGCACUUUAUUGCUGUUGGUGGUUUAAAUACUGCCUUGGCCAACCACCUGAUCGCAAAGGAUGAUGGGAUAGACGAUACGUCACAAUGUUUCAUAGUAUGCAUGAUGAACAAAUGUCGAUCGUUCAACUACGACCAGACAGAAAAAGUUUGCGAGGUGAAUGACGCAACCAGAGACGAAAAUCCGCGAGAUUUGUCUGGGAAGUCUGGGUUCCGGUAUUAUCAUCCAAUGAAUACACCAGUGGUUUUAAGCAACGUAUACAAUUAGCCUGGUCCUUCGAUCGUUUAUCUCAAACUGAACAAACCUCUUUGGUCUAUAAAAAUAUUGUAUUUUUUGAUAAUCUUUUGACAAGCUAUUUAUGGACUUAUGGUAGUCUCCACUUGCAGAGAAGGAGUUCGCGACCGAAAUAUUUACAUAUUUUCUCAUCUCAAAAGCAAAUAUUCAAUAUUUCGCAAACGAAUCAUAUCUCUGCAAGAGGAAAUCAGGGGAUUUAUCAGCCCAUAAUCAGCCUUUCUUUCGCACUAUUUCGUUGGCACAAAAAGACAUUUUGCACGUGUUUACUUGAAGUUUGCGCACAUUUUAAGAUUGGUGUAGGGU